AAGUGGUAACAUUAUACGUAUCUGACUUGCCGCAGAUAUCGUAUCGUAGGUAUAGGUUAUUACAUAAUUUUACUUUUCGACAAAUCCUUACCUAGCCCGUGCAUAUCAUUUAUUAAAAUUAAAAUUAAAAUGUUAGGGGCUGUAGGAAGAGUGGGUAGCAGCCUUCUGGCUGCAAAAUCUGUUGCAGAAUGUGGAAAAAUCGUGUCCGUUUCUGCAGGAAACAGAAAUUAUGCUGCCAAAGCUGCAGGCAAAGGGCAAGGUAAGGUAGUUGCAGUCAUCGGUGCCGUCGUCGACGUUCAGUUCGAAGACAAUCUACCACCCAUCCUAAAUGCCUUGGAAGUACAAAACCGAUCCCCAAGGCUCGUUCUUGAGGUGGCGCAACAUUUAGGAGAGAACACCGUCCGCACCAUCGCCAUGGACGGUACCGAAGGUUUGGUCCGCGGUCAGCCCGUGCUCGACUCUAAAGCUCACGGUGGUUACUCAGUAUUCGCCGGAGUGGGUGAGCGCACCCGUGAGGGUAACGAUUUGUAUCAUGAGAUGAUUGAGUCCGGUGUAAUCUCUCUGAAGGACAAGACAUCCAAGGUAGCUCUUGUGUACGGACAGAUGAAUGAGCCUCCCGGCGCCCGUGCCCGUGUUGCUCUGACUGGUUUGACUGUGGCUGAGUACUUCAGAGACCAGGAGGGUCAGGAUGUGCUGCUUUUCAUUGAUAACAUUUUCCGUUUCACUCAGGCUGGUUCAGAGGUAUCUGCCUUGUUGGGUCGUAUUCCCUCUGCUGUGGGUUACCAACCCACUUUGGCCACUGACAUGGGUACUAUGCAGGAACGCAUCACCACCACCAAGAAGGGCUCCAUCACAUCAGUGCAGGCUAUCUAUGUACCUGCCGAUGACUUGACUGACCCCGCCCCAGCCACAACCUUUGCUCACUUGGACGCCACCACUGUGCUGUCCCGUGCUAUUGCUGAGCUGGGUAUUUACCCUGCUGUGGACCCCCUCGACUCGACCUCUCGUAUUAUGGACCCCAACAUCAUUGGUGCUGAGCACUACAAUGUUGCACGUGGCGUUCAGAAGAUUCUGCAGGACUACAAGUCCCUCCAGGAUAUCAUUGCUAUCUUGGGUAUGGAUGAGUUAUCUGAGGAAGACAAACUGACUGUUGCACGUGCACGUAAAAUCCAGAGAUUCUUGUCCCAACCUUUCCAAGUUGCUGAAGUAUUCACAGGUCAUGCUGGUAAAUUGGUACCCCUUGAGGAGACCAUCAAAGGUUUCUCAAAGAUCUUGCAAGGAGAAUAUGACCACCUUCCUGAGGUUGCCUUCUACAUGGUUGGACCUAUUGAAGAAGUAGUUGCUAAGGCCGAAACACUUGCAAAGAAUGCAUAAUUGUCAUACAGUGAAGAAUGAAAGUGUAAUCUUAUUUCAAAAUAAAUAUCUAUAGCUAAA